AUGACUUCGUUGUACGAGAUAUUAGAAGUGGAAACCACUGCCACACCUUCGGAAAUCAAGAAGGCAUACCGUAAGUUGGCAUUGAGGUACCACCCGGACAAAGUGACUGAAGAGGACCGAGAGUUCGCCGAAAGCAAGUUUAAGGAAAUCUCCCAUGCCUACGAGAUCUUGAUUGAUGAGGGCAAGAAAGAGCACUACGAUACCUACGGAACUACUGACCAGAAUGGUGGAGCUCCAGGCGACUUUGCAGGCAACCCGUUCGACAACUUCUAUGGAGGAGGAGCUGGUGGCGAAUACGGAGCAGAUGACUUCUACAACUUUUUCAACAACAUGAAUGGCGGUGGCCCCAGCCACUCGAGGCAGAGGCCACCCAACAAAACCGAAGACGCCGAGAUCGACGUCGAGGUCACGUUGGAAGACCUUUUCAAGGGCAAAGUCAUCCGUACAACAUCCACCAGAAACAUCAUUUGUACCCACUGCAAAGGGUCGGGUGCCAAAAAGUCGGCAGUGCUGAAGAAGUGUGGUGUCUGUGAAGGAGAGGGACAUGUCCGUAAAAUCAGGAGAGUGGGCCCAGGAUUGGUCACCCAAGAAUACGUCACUUGUUCCACUUGUGAGGGCACAGGCUCCAUCUACCGUACCAAGGACAGGUGUAAGAAAUGUACUGGAACUAAAGUCAUAGAGGAGACCAAGAUCUUGGAAUUCGAUAUCGUCAAGGGAUCUAAGUCAGGCGAUACUAUUGUGUUGCCUAAAGAAUCUGAUCAGUUUCCCGGCAAAGAAACCGGCGACGUCAAACUUACCUUCACCUGUAAAGACCACGCAGUGUUCACCAGAAAGGGCGACGACCUCUAUGCCAAAUUCAAAAUCCCUCUAUUUGAUGCAUUAUGUGGUUUCUCGCAAGUUGUUGUCAAACACUUGGAUGGUAGAGGAAUCAAAAUUUCCACACCUCCUGGUAAGGUGAUAAGACCUGGCGACUACAUCAAAAUAAAGAACGAGGGUAUGCCAGUCAAGGAUGCUCCAAAGAGUUGGUUUGGGGGCAGUGGAGCCAAAAGAGGUGAUCUAUACAUCGAAGUCGAUAUCGAGUUUCCUCGUGACAAUUGGUACUUGGAAAAGAAUGAUAUUUUGAAGAUGAAGAAUUUAUUACCUAACGAACUUCAAAGUAAACACGAUAUUAAGAAGCAGACGAUUGACGGAGACUCGUUACCAGAAGCCAACAUUGAUACCAUCACAGAGUUCACCAUAGCAAAAGCAGACGCCUUACCCGAUUACGCUGAAGACAAACCUGCACCAGAGUAUAAUGACGACCAUUAUCACGAAGAUGCCUACGGUUCUGCCCAGCCCGAAUGUCAGCAACAGUAA